UUUAAAGAUUGAGAAUAAUGUGUAUAUGUGUUGCAUUCGAGUUCAAAUCUUCCUCUCACAAAUUAAUCAUUCAUGCUAAUUUAUCAAAAUAAUGUGUUCGUGAUCAUGUCUCCCUCCUCUUAUGUCAGAGUAUAAUAUCCUCUCCUGAAGAAACUCAAAGGUGAAAUAGACAAAUACAUAACAUACCUCGAGAAGCGCGAAGACUCACCACCUUCCAUUUCCCACAGCCACCACCAAAUGGAUCCACCGCCACUCCCGCCUCUCCCCACCACAAUCACCACCACCUCAAUUCCGGCAGCCACCAGCAUGCAACUCAACUACCCCGACUCCGUCGACUCCUCCCCACGCUCCCGCAAUGCUGACACCUGGGACGACCCCCUCCCUCAAGUCCCCGGCGCCAAGCUCCGUCUCAUGUGCAGCUACGGAGGCCACAUCAUUCCCCGCCCGCACGACAAGUCCCUCUGCUACGUCGGUGGAGAAACCCGCAUGUUCGUCGCCGAGCGUCACUCCUCUCUUGCUGACCUCUGCUCCCGCCUCUCCCGAACCCUCCUCAACGGCCGCCCCUUCUCCCUCAAGUACCAGCUCCCCACCGAAGAUCUCGACUCCCUCAUCUCCGUUACCACCGACGAAGAUCUCGACAACAUGUUCGAAGAAUACGACCGCACCUCCUCCGCCUCCCCCCUCAAGCCUUCCCGCCUCCGAUUGUUUCUCUUCUUCGCGAAGCCGGAAACCGCCGCCACGAUGGGUGCUCUGCUCGACGACGCAAAGUCCGAGUCUUGGUUCGUCGACGCGCUGAACGGGUCGGGUUUUCCGAGGAACCUGUCGGAUUCCGCCACUAUGGAUUACUUGCUGGCGGGGAGUGAGAAUUCUUGCAAUGAUUUGGAGGCGCAAGGCGACUUCUUCGGAGGCAACAACAAACAGGACAACAACAAUGGUUUGAUGAAAAAUGUUAAUAAUGUGGUCGGACAUGAUGUUCAUUCGAUCAAUCAAGAGUCCACCUUUGCCGAGGACAGUACUUCCUCUUUCGGGUUGUCUUCUUCAUCGACUUGCUUGUCGAAUUUGCCUCCGAUUCGGGUUCGAAUGGACGAAACUGGUGCUAGGUUGAUGCAGGGUGGUCAGAGGACUGUUGGGAUCGAGGAGCAGUUUGCUCAGAUGAGUACUAGUUAUGCUGCUGUUGUUGCUGCUCCGCCGCCAAUGGCGUCGAAUUCGGGUGCAUCUGCCGCCACCGGUGCUCAGAUGAUGAAUGUUUCUGGCGUUCCUGGAGAAAAUAUGAACAGGGUAGAUGAUGAGAGAUCAUCAGAUCAGAGUAUACCGGUCGGAUUUCGUAAGCCUCCUCUGCCAUUGCCGGUGCAGCCUCUACAAGUUAAUAAGGCUGGCGGCGGCGGAGGAGGUUAUAGUUUGCCUUCACCGGAUUCAGUUGCAAGUGAUAGUAGCAUUGCAUCCGCAAAUUCUGUCUCCAAACCAAUGUACUAUCAAGAGCAGAUUCAAGCUGCAAACAGGGACAACAUCAGAGGUCCUGCUAGCCCGAAUACACCCAGUGAUGCUUCCGAUACGGGAUCUCAAAACCAAGUUCAGCAAGUUCAGGAUUCCGGGUACGCUAUUCCUCAACAAUCAGAUCAGCAUCAGCAGCAGCAACAACAACAACAACUACAGCAGCAGCAGCAACAACAAGUACAACAGCAGCAGCAACAACAGCUACAACAGCAGCAGCAGCAACAACUACAACAGCAGCAGCAGCAGCAACAACAACAACAAUAUGUCCAUGCCAGCACACAUUACAUGCACCAUCCUGCCGGAGGCCAAGUGCCAAUGCAAUCUUACUACACAAUGUAUGCACCGCCGUCACAGCAACAACCUCAUCUCCAAAUCGAUCACCAGCAGUAUCCAGUCUAUUUGAUGCCUGUUGCGCAGUCACAACAAUCGUAUAACAUCCCUUUGCAACCUAACAUGUCUGACACAACUGUGGUUGCCUCAAGCCGCUUAACAUCCGCCAAUCCUGGCUCUGCCGUUUACAAGGACAGUAAUAUCCCACCUGUUUAUCCCACAAAGGCAGCUUCGCCUGAAAUGUCUGCAAGUGUUUACAAAACGGCUGUGCCACAAACUCCAACAUUAGUCCAAGUUCCUUCUAACCAAUACCAGCAGCAAUACCUGGGGUUCUCUCAAAUGCAUCACCGUCCUUCUCAGUCCGUUGCCAUGCCUCCGUCUGCAACCAAUAACUACGCUUACGAAUACGCCAAUCCUCAACAUGAACAAGUGUUCUACACACAGCAUCAGGCCGCCCCAUUGUCUCCUCAAUACCAGUCUAUGACUCCUGCAGCAGCGGCCGCAGCAGUGGCACUGUCAGAAGAUUCGAAACAGCAGCUACCGGCAUACUCAGCAGAUCAGAACCACACAACCAUAAGUCAUUAGGCAUGAAUUACCUUAAUUUCAUAUUUGAGUUGCUCUUCUUUCCUUUAAUUGAUGGCUAUAUUAUCAUAGACUUUGCUCAUAUGCAUAGAAUAUGAUAUAAUAAAGGGAGUAUAUUUUCUUGCUCAUAUGCAUAGAAUAUGAUAUAAUAAAGGGAAUAUAUUUUCUUCUUC